UUUGCUCUAUAGAAAUGAGCUGCAUUUGCUGCUAUAGUUAGAUUUUUUUUUUUUUUUUUUUUAGAUUGUUGUUUGGGGUUUGAAUUGCCACUGGGCUGCUUGGCAACCUGAUCCAGAAAGAAUAACCUGAUCUGGGCUUUCCUCUACAGCACAGUCUGACGUUCGGGUAGACACAGGAGUGAGAUUACAUGGGGGAUCAAUCGAGCUCACUUCCCACACUUUAGUCGUCUGGUACUAUACUUUUGAUGAUAAAUCUAAAUCAUAGCACUGACAAUGAUGUAAUCCAGAUGCCAAACCUAACUCGAUGAAGUCUGCACCCAUACUAAGGCCCGAAGACAAGUACAUCACCUUUCUAUGAUGUAGAUGUUCAGAACUCUGUAUAAUAACUAAUUACUGACACCCAUGAAAGACGAAUCUCCUUUUAUAUAUAUAUACCGUACCUCAGUGUCGGAUCAAAGUCUCCAUAACCUAACCUGCCAGAAACCCAGCUCCAGCAAGCGGAUGUCUCCCCGUGGCAGCGGAUUUGUUCGGAAACCUUGGAAACGCCAAUGACUGCGUAUCUGACGUAGCUAAGAAAGCAACGGACACCCAAACAUGGAGACAGAAACCCAGAACAGGAAGAGAAGGGAGAUGGCUUGUGUGUGGGUGUGCAAGCAUGUGAAAACUUUGUAUUUGCUGUAAACACAGAUAACAUGAGCACGCAGUGAGAGAGAGAGAGAGAGAGAGAGAGAGAGAGAGAGAGAGAGAGAGAGAGAGAUUUAAAAAGGAAAAACAGUUCAGAAGGAUAGAGGGAAGGAGAGAGAGACAGGUCCACACAGCCCAGGAGAUGGCAGUAGAGAGCGAGACAGAGAGAGAGAAAGAGAGAGGGAGAGGUUGCUCAGUUUCUGUCCCGCCUCCCUCUAAAAGGCAGGAACACUCCAAGCAAGGGACAGAAAUCUGAAAGAGAGAGAAGGUGAGAGAGAGAGAGAGAGCGAGAGAGAGAGAGAGAGAGAGCACGCGGCAGCAGCAGAGGGAAGAAUGAGGGUAUGAGAACAGCCGUGCACUCCUCCACUGUCCUCUCUCUAUUCAUCCUUUUCUACACUCGUUCUUUCCUUCCUUGUCAUUGCUCUCCAGCCUUUGAAAGCUCGGCAGGAUUCAGAUGAUGCCUGAUCUCAUCUGAUGCCGAGACUGAAAGAAUCGCGCUCUCACGAGUCGUUGCUCAGUCCCAGUAGUGCAGUGGAAGCUCUGGACCUCAGCAUGGAGGAGGAGGUACUCAUCAAGCCCGUACACAGCUCCAUCCUGGGUCAGGAUUUCUGCUUUGAGGUGAGCACCUCAACAGGAAGCAAGUGUUUCUCAUGUCGCUCAGCUGCCGAGAGGGACAAAUGGAUGGAGAACCUCAGACGAGCUGUUCACCCAAACAAGGACAACAGCCAUCGGGUAGAGAACACCCUUCGGCUGUGGGUGAUCGAAGCCAAAGAUCUUCCGGCCAAGAAGAAGUACUUCUGCGAGCUGUGCCUGGAUGAUGCCCUUUAUGCCCGCACCUCCUGCAAGCUGAAAGCAGACAAUAUCUUCUGGGGAGAGCACUUUGAGUUCACCAACCUUCCCCCUGUCCAAAACAUCACUGUCCACCUCUACAGGGACUCAGACAAGAAGAAGAAAAAAGAUAAGAACAACUAUGUGGGACUGGUAAACAUCCCAGUAGAAAGUGUGACCAGUAGGCAACUUGUUGAGAAGUGGUACCCCGUUAGCACACCAAACCCAGGGAAGGGUAAGACCGCAGGACCUAUGAUCCGGAUAAAGGCCCGUUACCAAAGUAUGAAUAUCCUUCCAAUGGAGAUGUAUAAGGAAUUCGCUGAAUACACUACCAACAACUACAUGCUGCUCUGCUCUGUGCUGGAACCAGCCAUCAGUGUCAAGAACAAAGAGGAGAUGGCUUGUGCCCUGGUGCAUAUCCUGCAAAGCACUGGGAAAGCCAAGGACUUCCUGACGGAUCUGAUGAUGUCCGAGGUGGACAGAUGUGGCGAGAACGAGCACUUGAUCUUUCGCGAGAACACGUUGGGCACUAAAGCCAUCGAGGAGUACCUCAAACUCGUGGGCCAGAAAUAUCUUCAGGAUGCACUGGGGGAGUUUAUAAAAGCGCUGUAUGAGUCAGAUGAAAAUUGUGAAGUAGACCCACCGAAAUGUUCAGCCAACGACCUUCCUGAACACCAGAGCAACCUGAAGAUGUGCUGCGAGCUCGCCUUCUGCAAAAUCAUCAACUCCUACUGUGUUUUUCCACGAGAACUGAAAGAAGUGUUUGCAUCGUGGAGGCAGGAAUGCAGUAACCGCGGGCGUCCGGACAUCAGCGAGCGUCUGAUCAGUGCCUCAUUGUUUUUGCGUUUCCUGUGCCCGGCCAUCAUGUCUCCGUCCCUGUUUAACCUGACGCAGGAAUAUCCAGAUGAACGCACGGCUCGCACACUCACACUCAUCGCUAAGGUCACGCAGAACCUCGCCAACUUCACCAAGUUUGGCAAUAAGGAGGAGUACAUGUCCUUCAUGAACCAGUUUUUGGAGCACGAGUGGACCAACAUGCAACGCUUUCUACUCGAGAUCUCCAACCCAGAGACUAUCUCCAACACGGCCGGAUUUGAAGGCUACAUCGACCUUGGCCGUGAGCUCUCCAUGCUGCACUCCUUACUAGACGAGGUCGUGUCUCAGAUGGAUCAGGCUGCCACCUCCAAACUGGGUCCAUUACCCAGAAUCCUCCGAGAUGUUCACACAGCACUGACUAAUCCGUCAAGUGUUCAAGUUGCUGUGCCGUCUGAUAGCGCUCCGUCCCCACCGCCUGCUGGGUGCAGCGUUUCUACUAGCCUGCAAAAAAUGACUAUGGACAGUGAUCUAUCAGGCUUGGUUGACUUCACACGUCUGCCCUCGCCAACUCCAGAGAACAAGGACCUGUUUUUCGUGACACGUUCGUCAGGUCUCCAUGGCUCACCCGCCCGCAGCUCCAGCUAUUCCGAAGCCAACGAGCCUGAACUUGGCCUGUCCAAUGGCGCUAAAAGCCUGUCCAUGGUGGACCUACAGGAGGCCACCAGGACUUUGGAACUCAUCCCGGUCACAACAGAAGGUACUGUUGAGAAGCACAUGGUGGCUUGGAACACCCGGGCGCCACAGUGCAACCCAUCCGGAGGCCCAAUGAUCCAGAAACUGGGGCAGAAGUCGAUAAGUACAGCAGGAGAGGUGGUACCAGGCAGGCCGGUCCAGCUCCUCGCCCCUCUGUCUUUCCAGAACCCCGUGUACCAGAUGGCGGCAGGAUUGCCUUUGUCCCCAAGAGUGCCAACUGGUGGAGACUCCGGCUCAGAAUGUCACAGCUCUCUCAGCUCGCACAGCAACAAUGAGGAAGCCGGGUGCGGGAAACUCAGCUUCCUGAACCAUGGGGGUGGGGUCGGGGAUGAGUUGGUCAGACGCUCUGGGGAGUUUUCAAGAAGGCAGCUCUCGCUUACAGAAGCACAGCAUGGAGGAUGCCAAUCUGCAGUGCCACGGCAAAACAGCUCCGGGCCCCAGCGUCGAAUCGACCAACCACCACCACCCACACAGGUUGGUGCCCCCCGUGGACGGACUCCGCCCAGCAUGCUGAGCUCUGUCCCUUACCCACGGCCCUCGAGCGGCAGCGCUGUUUCGUCGUCACCUGAUUGGCCGGGGAGUGGUGCGAGACUUCGUCAACAGAGCUCGUCGUCCAAAGGGGACAGUCCUGAGACGAAGCAACGGUCACAGCACAAGGCCCCUUCCCCAGUGAUCCCCAGUGCGUUGGAUCGUACGGCUGCAUGGUUGAUGAAUGUGCCGUACUUAGAGCAGGACUCAGAGACAGAUCGCAGGGACGAUCAGGCACUUAAUGAUAAGUAUCAGGCAGAGAUAUCCAUGCUGCAGGACCAGCUACGCGUGUGUGUGCAGCAGCUGGAGCAGUGUGAGUCUCGGCUGCACUCUCAGGAUGAUCAGGCUCAACAGCUGCUGCUGCAGUACCAGAACCGUCUGGAGGAAGCUGAGCAGAGACUGCAACGCCAGCAGGAAGACAAAGAGCUGCAGAUGAAGAGCAUCAUUAGUAGGUUGAUGUCUGUUGAAGAUGAGCUGAAAAAAGAUCAUACUGACAUGCAGGCCAUAGUCGACUCCAAACAGAAAAUUAUAGAUGCACAGGAAAAGCGGAUAGCUUCUCUGGACGCCGCGAAUGCGAGGCUCAUGGCCGCUCUGUCUCAGCUGAAGGAGCGCUACAGCAUGCAGACUCGCAACGGCAUCUCACCCACCAACCCCACCAAGCUGCAGAUCACUGAGAACGGAGAGUUUCGCAACACCUCCAACUGCUGAAGCCCAAAUAGAGAAACAUUCACGCCUUGACCCGGACUGAAAGAAUGGAUGAGGGCAGGAGACACAGACGUCACUGGCGGAGAAAGAGAAUGGCUCUUGAACCCAAGCGAGUUCUUUUUGAAUGAAAGAGGAACUGUUUGCAAAAAGUCGCAAAAUUCUAUUGGCUGUCCUCGUCUGGGACAUGAGUGAAACCUCAGACUUGUGGCUGUGACCUGGCAGUAGUGUCUGCUACUUCAAGUUUAGGACAAACCACUAGAUGUAAAUCUCUAUCAGAGUAUCUACGCGUAAACAAAAAGGACAUACUGGUACAUCGCUUUAUCAAUAUGGACACUCCAACUUGAUCCUACAUCCAAAUCGUUCCUUGGGAAAAGGUCAUUCUCUGAAGCUUUUAGUAUUACAGAAAUGCUAAGCUUCUAAAGGACAUCAGGUGCUGCUUUGCACUCUUUCUCCUACACGGACUGUACUCUCUCAGACCGCUCCACAAUUCGCCCAUACGUAGUGCACUUUGUGAAUUAUUAACAUAAUAAGCCUUAAAAAAAUAGAACUGCAGCUCCUUUAUCCCUUGAUCUGUGUCUGUAAGUAAGGUAAAAAGUCAAAAGUAUUAUUUAUUUUUAAACCUAGUCUAGACAAGAAAUGAACAGUCAAUUAUAUCUAAAAUUAUAUAUAUAUAUAUAU